UUGAAGGAGAAGAAGAAGAAGAAGAGGAAGAAGCGUCGCCGGCCCCGAGCAGCUCCCUGGCCCUUCUCCUCUGCCUCCGCGUCACUUUCCUAUGGAGGACGGGCUGGUAACGACCAGGAUCAUCACCGCCAGCACCACCGCCAGCACCACCACGACGACGACGACGCGCCACAGCCGCCGCCGCCGCCGCCGCUCGCGAUGCCCAAGCCGAAUGGAGGAGGGGAGCUGCUGCCGCUGCCGCCCGGCUGGGAAGAAGCAGCGGAUCUCGACGGCAAGGUGUACUACAUCGACCACAACACCAAGCAGACGAGCUGGGUCGACCCCCGCGACAGAUGGACCAAACCUCUCACCUUUGGUGACUGUGUUGGAGAUGAACUCCCAUUGGGAUGGGAAGAAACACAUGAUGCACAGGUUGGAGCCUACUAUAUUGAUCACAAUACACAGACGACUCAGAUUGAGGAUCCUCGAGCUCAGUGGCGAAGAGAACAGGAGCGUAUGUUGAAAGACUAUCUGAUAGUGGCACAAGAUGCUCUCACUGCACAGAAAGAGAUCUUCCAGGUGAAGCAACAAAGAUUAGAACUAGCCCAACAGGAAUACAGGCAGCUAAAUGAUGUUUGGAAGGAUAAAUCUGGCUCCCAGACAAGCUUAUUCUCGGGCUCUUCAUCCAGCACUAAGUAUGAUCCAGACAUUCUCAAGGCAGAAAUAUCAACAACGAAAUCUAGGGUGAAUAAACUGAAGAGGGAGCUAACACAUAUGAGGCAGGAACUCCAGUACAAAGAGCAAGGAUUUGAAACUCUCAAGGCAAUUGAUCUAAAGAUGUCUGGUGCUCGAAGAGGAUAUAAACUGGACGAGGCACAAGCCAUUGUCAAUGAAAUGAAAUCGAUCAAAAAGGCCAUCAACUCAGGAGAGAAGGAAAAACGAGACCUCAUGCAGAUUCUUGCCAGAUUGAAGGAUGGUUUCCGAAUGGAGACAGGGUCUCAGUCUGAUCUCUGGGCCAGUCGUUCAUCACUAGCAAGUUCAAAACAAUCUAUUAGUCGCCACUGCUCAAAUGUUGGUUCCCAGACAGAUAUCUCAGGAGAUUUUGUUUCUAGUAAUAACACUAAACUAGCUGAGAAGGUCAGACUUAGCCUGCAAUAUGAAGAAGCAAAGAGAAGGAUUUCAAAUAUCAAAAUUGAGCUGGUUAAACUUGCAAGUGAUGCCUGGCCUGGAGUAUUGGAUGCAGAAAGAGACAGACUGAUACUAAUUAGUGAGAAAGAAGAACUGUUGAAGGAACUGCAGUUUAUAAAUGCUCGUAAAUGGUCAGAAAGUGAGGUAGAGCGCCUGGAGACAGAAAGGAAACGGUUAGCAGAAGACCUUCAGACAGCACGGGACACGCAAAGUAAAGCACUGACAGAAAGAUUGAGGUUGCAUAGCAAGAGAAACAACUUGGUAAGGGAGUUAGAAGAAGCGACACGCUUAGCCUCAACAUUGCAUUCUCAACUACAAAGUCUCUCAAGCAGCACACUUUCACUGUCAUCUGGUAGCAGCAAAGGAUCAUUGACAUCCAGCCGUGGAUCUCUUGCUCCGUCCAGCCUAGGAUCUUCAAGCUCUGUCAGUUUCACUGACCUUUACUAUGAUCAUCCAGAACAGACGGUAGAUUUUGAUUACCAAUAUGAACUAGAUUUCUUGCUUCAAGAGAGCAGUGUAAAUAACCGAUUUGCAGGCUCUAUAACCACUAUUCAUGAAAACGAGGUGGUCAAGUGUCACAAGGACUCCUCCUUCAUGGACCCAUACGGAACCUCUUACAAAAUUCAAGCACUGAGAUCUUUGUCUGAGACGCCAAAGUCUUUGACUUCAUUGUCACCCAGGUCUUCCCUGUCUUCCCUGUCUCCACCUAGUUCUCCUGUAAUUACAGAGACUCACUUUUUGGCUUCUUCAGGGGAGUCCCUCUUGAACCAUGUCAGCACAGACUUUCAGGAUGCAGAACUGCAAAACGAUUUUUCUAACUUUGCUUUACACGCUGGAAGUGAUAACCAGAAAACUCAAGGCACUGGACAAAUCGAUGGGGUUCUAAUGCACUGCUUAAACUUGGAAUCUGCGAACACAGCUGGAAUUGUCGAUUCAUCAAAAGUACUGUAUGGAAAGGGUGGGGUUUUUGCAUCUAAACGUAAUGAAAGAAUUGGAGAUGCCAGCACUCAAACUGUAACAAUUGGGCCUGUGCUUCAUUCAAAAAUGGGGCGUGUUUCUGCCGCAGUAUCAAACGAGUCAGUGGAGGGUGAUAGUGGUGUUUAUGAAGCAGUUAAAAGGUCAUGUGAAACAGAGGAUAUACUGUUUGAUGAUGAUUCAGAAACACUGGGAGCAUCUCAGGUUCAGAUUGGAAUGAAGUAUGAUAGUAAAAACAAAAGAUUUGCAAUAUUUGUUAUCCAGCUGAGUAAGGUGACAGCUCUGUCGUUACCACAAGGCUGUGCAGUAUAUAUUCGAGUGGCUGUACUCCCAUGUUCUGAAAACACAAGCUGUCUCUUCCGCACCAAAGCUUUGGCAGCUGCUGAAAACUUGGCAUACAAUGAAGUCUUUUGGGUGACCAUUUCCUUUGCUGCUUUACGUCAGAAAACUCUGCGUGUUGAUGUUUGUUCGGUGGUUAAAUCUCACCGGGAAGAAUGUUUGGGUGAAGCUCAGAUCAGCUUAGCAAAUGUGAGUGGAUCUGGGGAGCGGUCAACACACUGGUACAAUCUCCUCAACCUUCGUUAUCUGCAGGAACAAAACUUGAAACAUGGUGUUCAGAGCCAAGAUGAUACCCUUACAUCAGAAACUAACCUCUCCAAAUCAGAGGACAAAGACUCUGUGUCUGCACUAUUGGAACUGACAGCUGUGGAGCUCAAGGCAAUUGAGCGGAGAAUAGAGAAAAAGAGUAAUGUGUUGAGUACUGGAGCACAAUGGCAAGAGGAGCCAGUGGAGCAAGGAGACUGUAGUGAGAAAGAACUGGAGGAGGAUGAAGAGGAGGAGGAACAAGACGAAGAAUACAAUGAAGAGAUACCCUGGGAAAGCGAGGAGAAUGCUGAGAAUGCCAAUGAGCACACUGACAAUCAGUCAGCACUUACAGCAGCAGAAGCUGCAGUGAAGGUUGAUAAAGAGACCAACACAGAAGAGAAUAUAUCAACAAUGUCUGCAGUGCGCCCAAAGGAUAGAAGAUCCCAUACACCUCAGCAGAGCCCGUUUGUGAGAGGAAGUCCUAUUAUCCGUUCAAAAACCUUCUCCCCAGGUGCACAGAACACUUACAUAUGUCGGUUAAAUCGAAGUGAUAGCGAUAGCUCAGCAUUAUCUAAGCGGUCUCCCUUUGAUCGUAAUGCCAUGGAACGACGCAGUUUGCGAAAGAAACUGCCUUCAUUCAGGAGGGUGGGAUCAGAAAGGAUGAUGCGAACCUCUUUGGAUUUAGAGUUGGAUCUGCAAGCUUCAAGAACUAGGCAGAGCAGGCUGACUCAGGAGCUGGAUGUCCUGAGGGAACUGAAACAGCACCUUGAUGAGGCCAAAGCCAAAGGAGAGACAGAACUGCCUCAGGGCGUUAAAGAUGAGAAAUUUCAUACUCUGCUGAAACAAGUUGAAAAACAGGCAGAGCAAACAAAAGAACAGCAAAAACAGGAGAGCAGAGCUAAAAAACUUAUGAAGAAGACAUCUAAAGAAGUACAUAUGUUACGAGGACAGAGUCAGAUUGAACCCUUGGAGAUGCAAUCAUUUAGGGAGAAGAUGGCGUUUUUCACUCGAGGAAGGGGGUGUAUCCCUCCACUACCUGCAGAUGAUGUAUGAUAAUUCAAUACAUUUGAAUUGCCCUCGGUUUAUUGUUGAUUUUUUUUAACAUGGUGUAAUUGAAGUUAUUUGUGGUGUUGUGAAGGUACAGAUAUAACAUUUGUAAAUUGUAGAAAUUGCUUGAAGCCACUGCAUUAUUUGAAUGUAAUGAAAGCUAUGCUUUUCUCAUUGUGUAUUGAACUAUUGCAGAGAAAACAUAGCGUAGAUUAAUGUUGUUAUACUAAUAUGUACAGUUUAUAUUUCUGGCUUUUUUUUGUAAAAAAAUUGCAACAAGAACAAAUUUGGUUUUAACAUGCUUGAUUCGAAAAGCAGUGUUCCUCAUCUUAUUGUACAGAAAUAGAUUUAUGAAUGUUUAACUGCAAUAGAGAGAUUAAGGCACCAGUUACAAACUGACUAAGUAACAUUCAGUAUUGUUUGUGAUGUCACUGUUUCUAAGUAUCUAAACAGAAGCUCUAUAUUCUUCUAUUAAAAUAGCCUGUUGUCUAAUAUUUGAAAGGAAAAAA